CCUAAGCCAGAAACUGACACUGCUGAAACCAACGCUACAAACGAGCUACAAAAGCGUCCAUCUUGGAUUCACAAGGGCUGUGCCAUCAUUCUUCGAUGGAUCAGAGAACAUACAACCAGAUCCGUGAUUCUUUCACUCUGCUUUCACCUCAUCUUUGAGUUCCUUCUCCUAGCGUUGUUGACCUUCAACAUGGACGACUUGUUGCGAGUCCAUGACCCAGGUCUAAUACUCGGGAUAGUCGUAAGCAGCGCUUUAACUCUCGUCUCGUGCUGUCCACUGUUACUUCUACCGCAAUACACCGAUGACCUCCCAUUCAAAGUACCACUGAUGCCCUUGCUACCGCUGAUUGCUUUGCUUGCUGCUGUCAUUCUGUUGCUACACUUUAAUUCCUUGGUCUAUGUAGGAGUCGUCGUUUGGUUGUGUUUAGGACUCAUCGUGUACUUUACGUACGGCAUGAAGCACAGCGUGGAGGCCACACGACAAGAUGUUCACCUGAAUGAUCAGUGACGAAGGCAGUGACGUCAUU